CGAAUCAGUAUCGGGUCAGACGUCGGUCUCGAGUCAGUCGUUCCCAGAGCUACGGAGCGUUGUCACGUGCGCCAAAAAAACGUCUGACAAAAGAAAUACGGCCCGCGUAAUUCGGACGGACUUUUUUUUGUGAAUUUGAUAACGAUAAAAGCAGGCGAAUUCGUUUGUCGAUAAGGAUAUCUGACUUGGGAAUAAAUUCAUGAAACGUGACGUGCGAGACUUCGUCGGUAGUUUGCUAGUGGUUCUUCUUUGGUUUGUUUCGUGCGUUUUUCGAUAGGUUUUUUUUUUUGUUCAGAGGUGAAGUGUCGAAGAAGUAAUAAUUAUUUUGUAUCCUAUGUGCGGAUCGUAAGAUGAACAUUAUUCGAAUAGUGUAAAAACUGUCGUCUGUGGUGUGCUGCGUGAAGUUGAAGAAUCGGCGUAGACGAACCUCGUCUGACCAUAGCUUUGACAUUUUCACUGAAAUUUUGACUCUUAGUUCCAGCUAAGAUAUAAAAAAAAAAAAAAAGCCCGAGAGAAAAGGGAAUCGAAAUCACUAUUUUCACACGGCCUGUUAUAAUGAAAAAUGAAAUUGCAUCUACGAAGUGUGCGAGAAAUGAUACGGGGGCAAGGACAGUUUUCUUAAUGGAGAAGUUUUAAAGAUGAAGCCGUGGUACGGAUCCGAGUCGAUACGAUAAUAAGAUGUGGACUCCGUGGCUACGGACGAGGCGGAAGUGGCAUCAUCCUCCUUCCGGAAGUGGAGGAAAUUCGACGGACGCUCGAACGAGAAUUAGAAAAUACGUGACUUGGUCGAUCAUAGCGACUCUGCUUAUAGCAGCAGCUAGAGAAAUUGAUAGCGCGGAAUGUCCGCCGCAAGAAACUAUCCUCAAAUGUUCUUGCUACAAUUUUAAUGACGGACUGUACCUGGAAUGUCCGGACGCCACGGAAGAAUCUUUGAAAUCUGCUCUGCUCGGAGUACUCACCACAUCCGGCGGCGAAGGAGCAGUUAUCCAAUCUUUGAACAUCUACGAAUUGGAUCGAAAUGUUGAGGAGUUACGGGAGACGACCUUUCCGAGCGGCACCCAAAUUCGACAUCUUCAGAUUUCACAUUCCGGAAUUAGAGAAAUCAACGAAGACGCUUUUCGAAGGCUUGCACCGAGUCUGGAAUCCCUGACUCUGGUUUCCGGAAGACUUCCGCACGUCCCUCAAAAAGCGCUUGGGCAUCUCCGGUUUCUAGUUAAAUUGGACCUAGAGGGGAAUCUGGUCCACGAACUACCUAGCUACAGUUUUUACGAAUUGUCAUUGCAAAAACUGAACGUGAAAGGCAACCAAAUCACCAAAAUAUCGGAACACGCUUUUGCGGGAUUGGAAGAAAAGCUAACAGAUUUAGACCUGGCGGAGAACAAGAUUAGGGUUUUCCCCAUGACGGCGCUAAGAAGAUUGGAAUGCCUUACGUCAUUGAAGCUCGCAUGGAACGAAAUAUCCGAGCUACCGGAAGACGGUUACUCCAAGCUUAAAGCCUUGGAUUUCCUAGAACUAAGUAGUAAUAAUUUCGAAGUCAUUACCCUGAACUGCUUUCGAUGUUGCCCAUCCCUUAAAACGUUAUCGCUCUACUACAACGCCGUAGAAACCGUCGAUAAGGAUGCAUUCAUAUCGCUAAGUCUUCUCGAAUCUAUCGAUCUUAGUCACAACAAAAUAGUAUCUCUCCACGUUUCCACGUUUCGUGCCAAUCAGCGACUCAGAUCGAUCGAUCUAAGUCACAAUCACAUUCACUACAUACGAGGUGUUUUUUCACGACUACCAGACCUUAAGGAGCUCUUUUUGAGCGAGAAUAACAUUCUCGAAAUACCACCGGAGGCAUUCGCAGGGAGUACAAGCCUUUCGGUAGUAGAUUUACAACAAAACGCCAUCAGAAGGAUAGAUCCUCGGGGACUGGCUACCUUGAAUCAAUUGGCGCACCUACAUCUCAGCAGAAAUUACAUAGAAAAAAUACCACGUGAUUUUCUAGAGUACUGCGAGAAUCUUUCGACUCUUUCGCUCGACGGUAACAGCAUACGGGAAUUGGAAGUUGGGACGUUUUCCAAGGUGAAACAACUCCGGGAACUCCGGCUCCAAGCCAACCAGAUAACGGAGGUCAAAAGGGACGUUUUCACCCCGCUACCUUCAUUACUCGAGCUACACCUUCAAAACAAUGCCAUCACCGACAUGGAGACGGGAGCGUUGAGGUCAUUGCACAGUUUGCAGCACGUCAAUCUUCAGGGUAAUUUACUAGCGGUUCUUGGAGAUGUUUUUCAAAUAUCCAACGAAAUCGGGAACAAUGGAAACGGAGGUAGCUCUCUAGUAUCUAUUCAAUUGGACAACAAUGGUCUGGGGGUCUUGCACAAUGAUUCGCUGCGCGGACAAGCAUCUGUGCGGAUAAUGUGGUUGGGUCAUAAUCGUCUGACGAGGCUACAGGUCCCUUUGUUUAGAGAUUUGCUCCUAGUGGAACGUCUUUAUUUAACGAAUAACUCCAUAUCACAGAUAGAGGAUGCUGCCUUCCAACCUAUGCAAGCGCUCAAGUUCCUCGAAUUAAGUAUGAAUUGUCUUAGUCACGUGACCGUGAAGACAUUCUCCGAACUUCACGAACUCGAGGAACUAUAUCUUCAAGAUAACGGCCUCAAGAGAUUGGAGCCUUACUCGUUGACGGCUCUGAAAAAACUCAGAGUACUCGAUUUGGCCAAUAAUCAUCUGAACGCAUUGCACGACAACAUUUUUCAAGAAGGACUUCCGAUACGUACAUUAAAUUUACGGAAUUGCACGGUGAGCGUAAUAGAGCGUGGCGCCUUCAGGGGUUUGAACAAUCUUUACGAGUUGAACUUGGAACACAACCAUCUAACAGCUGCCGCUCUGGACAGACUCGUCAUCCCCGGACUCAGGGUCCUCAGAAUAUCGUACAACAACUUCAGUCAGAUGAACGGGGUAUCGCUCGACGGUUUACCAUCCCUUCAGCAACUCAGCAUGGACUCUUCGCAACUCCAUAGAAUGCCUUCGGAAAUAUUUUCGAAAAACAAAAACUUGGCUAAAUUGUUCCUCAGUAACAAUCUGCUUCGAAGUCUUCCCGGUUACUUGCUACUGGGACUCGACUCUUUGAAGGAGGUCAAACUCGAUGGCAAUAAAUUCCUGGACAUCCCUUACGAGGCCUUCGGGAAUGCUACUUCGAUCGAAUUCAUCUCAUUGGCCCACAAUGUCAUCCAAACUAUUGACGCCUCAAAGUUGAACGGCUUGACUAAUCUUAGAGAUUUGGAUCUCCGCGGGAAUUCUAUAUCAUCUCUUUACAAUUUCGCCGGUGCAAAUUUGUCCCGUCUUCAUUCGGUUGACCUGAGUCAUAACCAACUAACGGCACUGCCCGCCAACUUUUUCAUCCGAUCGCAUUCCCUGCGCCGAGUCGACCUCGCGUCCAACAAAUUUCAUCAAAUUCCGGCAGUCGCACUAUCCGCAAAGAACAUACCCGGCCUAACUUGGCUCAAUAUGACGGCCAAUCCGCUUCUCAGGAUUCACGAAAUCAGCUCCGAAGCCAAGUUCCCCGCCCUUCAAGAAAUUCAAAUAUGUGGAACCAACCUCUCGAUCGUCCCAAGCCAGGAUUUCGAGGCUUUUCCAGCGCUGAUGCAUCUCUUUAUGAGUAGCAACGUAAUUACGAAGGUAUCUCCGAGUGCCUUUCGAAGUUUACCAAAUCUACUGACCCUCGAUAUGAGCAUGAACGAACUUGAGCUACUACCGCAGGAACGACUGAUGAGAUUGGAGCGUUUAAAAUUGCUCAACUUGACGCACAACAGACUGAGGCAGUUAGAAGAUUUCCCAUCAGACUUGAAAGCUCUACAGAUCCUUGAUUUAUCUUACAAUCAGAUAGGCGACGUGGGUAAGAGCACGUUUCAACACUUGGAAAAGCUCGAGGAAUUACAUCUGUACGGUAACUGGAUAUCGUCGAUAUCUCCAGACGCUUUCAGACCCCUCAAAAAAUUGAGGAUACUGGAUCUGAGUAGAAACAAUCUCGAGAAUUUACCUCUCAAUGCUUUUCGCCCACUCGAAACGCAGAUACGGAGUCUCAACGCAGAAGAAAAUCCUCUGAACUGCGGCUGCGAGUCCCAAGAACUUUGGGAAUGGCUAAGAGACCAUCAAAAGCUCGUGGGUGGUGUUAGUCGAAACAGGGGUGGAAUCGGAGUAAAUGACAAAGAAAGUGGAUUGCUGAGAUGCGAAAAACCUCCGGAACUCAGAGGUCUGGUCUUCCUGGACCUUGAUCCGCACUCCUUUUGUUCGGCUCCGCUUAUACCAAAGCUCGCAAUUCAGGAUAUUCAACCUUUUUCCGUCUUGGUUUCCUGGCAGAGCAGAAACUAUUCGAAACUUCAGGGUUAUCAAGUUGUGUAUCACGCUAUGGACAACGUCGAUGAGGUUCGGGGUAGAACGUUGGAUCCAAAAGCACGCUCGGUCAAGUUGCCUAAACUGGGUGCGAACACUCGUUAUCGUAUUUGUGUUUUCGGACUUGGCAACUGGAUGAACCAUCCGGGAGACAACGUAAUAAUAGGACAUUUGAACGGUUCGAACGGGGAUAUCUUGGAGACGAGUACCCUGCCGAAAAUGAACGAUUCUAGGACGAGUCGUUGCACGGAAGUGACGACCCUGGAGGCUCCGGAUACGGAAAUCAGUAGCAACGGUUCCCUAGGGGAAGUUGGUGGAGUGGCUAGCAUACUGACACGAAGAUUGGGACUGAUAGUCGGAUGUUGUAUGGGCUUCGUAGUCUUUAUAGUCCUAGUUUCCGUCCUGGGUUAUCUGAAGGUCAAGAAGCAAAGGGAGGCCGUGAAAAGGGACCAACAGCCCAUUCCCCCCGAGUACAUGUCCUACAGACAUUUCAGCAUUCAAAGUGGAGAGGCUGGACACGCGGCGAGGGUAACGAGCCAAGACUCCCAACAACAUCCGAGCUUCGUCAGCAACGUAGGUAACACAUCUUUAAACGUUUAGACGAACGUUCGUCCUUUUCAUGUAUCAGUGAUCGGAGGUUCGAUCUCAACAGUGACAAAAAACUGAAGUUUAUCGGUUGUGAAUAAUUUAAAGCAAAUUAAAAAGACAUUCUUUUUUCUCCUUUUAAUUUUUCUAAUCUCUUUGAACGAACCAAAUAAAAUUCGCGGAUAAUUUUCUAUAAAAAAAUUUAUCGUGAAGCCAAAAAUAAUCAAUCAAUCUAGACUAUUACGAUUAAAGGUAACAAUAUACCGAAUCCCCAAUCCUAAACCUAAACCAAAAAGAUGCUAAAGACUGCCCAUAAGGUAGCCCAUUGUGACGACGCAUAUUUGUAUAUAAAUUCACUUGAUAAAUUUCUUUUCGACGAGAAUAAAAAGAAUAAAUAAAUAAAUAAAUUACUCUUCUACGAGUACAUACGUAUAAUUAGCAUACUGUAUAUUGAAUCACAAAAUAAAAAAAAUAAAAAAAAAAAAAAAACUUCAAUUGCAAAUAUCGUAUGUAGAGAGUGAAAGUGACGAGAUUACCGAAUUUUAUAAACAAUUUUAUACGAGAUUCAAUUAACCGUAAUUCUAAGACGAUGACAUUAAAAUAAACGAGUCGCCGUAGAACUGAAAUUGAGGUGUUUAUGUGUUAUACGGUGAUAAAAGUUAUGGGCGAUUGCCGUACGUUUCACCGUUAGACAGCCAUGUGUAUAAAAGUGUAUGAAAACUAGAAGAAAAAAUGAACAAAUAAGAAACAGAGAAAUGGAAACUUUGUCGAAGGUAGUACGACGCGUUUGAAGAGCUAUUAAAACUAAUCGUAAGUGCAGUGCUAUUAUAUGAUACCAUGUCGUUUGUUUACAACAAGAGUUGCAUUUUAUUAUAAAUAUAAAUCGAUCAUCUAUAUAGCGAAAUGAGUAAUUGAAUAAAUAUCUAUGACAUUCCAUUAUUAGCUGAUAAUAAUUAUCAUCCGUCGUAAUUAUAUUUUUAUUCUCCUUUAAUUUAGAAAGUGCAACUCUCGACAACGAUCGUGAUAAAAUUUUAGUAAAUUGACGUCCAACUAGGUCUUUUCGCGAUGUGUAGCUAAAAUUCAAUAGAUUCGAACUAUUUGAACGCGAUUUAUUGUUUAGAAGAUAUGCUGUGUCUAGUUUAAAUUAUAAUAUAUUAUAGUAGAAUUAUACAAUGACGACGCCUGAAAAUAAUUAUUCGCGUUUCACUGCGUAUACGUUAUACAUAUUAUAUAUAUAUAUACGUAAUUCAAAUGAAAAGCGUAAGGGAUAAUAUUUUUCACGGUGUGUCGGGCGCCGCUGGAUAAUUGUAUCAUACAUAUAAUAGGAGUAUGUUUAUACAUAUAUGUAUAUAAUACAUACAUAUGCAUUUAUACCGCUUGUGUGCGGUUCGAGACGGAUCAUGUCAUAACUGCACUACACAAUGUAUCAUACAUAUAUGUAACUGCUAGGUUACAAAUACUGUAAUAAUAAAACACAAUUUUUUUAUAAUA